UAUUUUUAUGCCAUCAAAGUUCCACCAAUCAAUCAAUCAUUCAUUCCAAGGAGGGAUCGCUCUCUCUCUCUCUCUCUCUCUCUCUCUCUCUCCUCAUUGUCUCACUCCUUCCCCUCUCUCUCCCAAAAGCUUCAAUCUUUCUGCAAACAAGGAACUUUUACUUUGGCUUGAUUGCAUCCUUUGCUCCCAGCAGCGAAUUUGUGAAUUCACUCAAUUGUCGGGGAAGGGUUCAUUCCUCUUCAGUGGCAGAACAAAACAGGGUGUGCAGGUGCCUUUGUGCUGAUGGCCACGAAUGAAAAUCUUCCACCAAAUGUAAUAAGGCUACUUGCCAAGGAGUUGAAAAAUCUUGAUGAAUCCCCUCCAGAAGGCAUCAAAGUCGUGGUAAAUGAUGAUGAUUUUUCAACAAUAUAUGCUGACAUUGAAGGCCCAGCUGGGACUCCUUAUGACAAUGGAGUUUUCCGAAUGAAGUUGUUACUGUCCCAUGAUUUUCCACAUUCUCCACCUAAAGGUUUUUUCCUGACUAAGAUCUUCCAUCCAAAUAUUUCAUCCAGUGGAGAGAUUUGCGUCAACACUCUUAAAAAGGAUUGGAAUCCUAGCCUUGGGUUACGGCAUGUCCUUAUUGUUGUUAGGUGUCUGUUGAUUGAACCAUUCCCAGAAUCAGCUCUUAAUGAACAGGCUGGGAAACUGCUGCUUGAAAAUUAUGAGGAGUAUGCUAGACAUGCCAGGAUUUACACAGGAAUCCAUGCAAAACCAAAGCCCAAAUUCAAAAGUGGAGCUAUAUCUGAAUCAACGACUGCUCUGAAUGUUGAUCAGACAAACGCGGCUGUGCUUGGUGCUGACAUUAAAACCACACCACAGAGUGCUGCAUUGCCACUCCCAUUACCACCAUUGUCCUCAACCACUGCAACAAGAGGAAACAAUCAGGAACAGGUAGCUGUUGUUAUGACUGAGAAAAUCGUUAAUGGUUCCACUGCUGCUGCUAUGGCAGUUUCUGCUCCUGCUGCACCACAAAGGAAAGAAGGUGGACAAGCAAAAGCUCAGGCAGACAAGAAGAAGAUAGAUGCAAGAAAGAAAAGUUUAAAAAGAUUGUGAUCAAGUUGUUCAAUAAUUAAACAUCUUUAUUUGUGGCUUAGUUUUGUAAUUUUGAUAGAGAGAAGAAAGGGAGGGGGCGGGGAAAGGGGUUCUACGUUUUCUUUUAUAAUGAUUAGUUUCAAUUUCCAUGAGUAAAAUGAUUGAAAUUGAACUGUUGUCUUUGGACUUGUGUUACUGAGCAUUCUUCUGUAAUAUGAUCUUUGGAAAAAAAAAUUCUCGCCCUUGUUCAGAAUAAUAAUAAUACUAUGUUCUAAAAA